AUGGGUAACAAUGGACCGCUAUUUUUCUGGCAUCCGGAUGAUGCCGAGUAUCCCUUUUUAUCCCAACACUACAUAUGUGAAUUUACGGAUGAGCAUGGUCGAGUUUUUACUUCAACGGAGCAGUAUAUGAUGUUCCAGAAAGCUCUUCACUUCAAUGACAUUCCCACCUCGAUCGAAAUUCUUGAAACGACUUAUCCUAGACAAGUCAAAUCUCUCGGUCGCAAAGUCAAGAACUUUGAUGAGAAGGAAUGGAACAAAGUGAAAUUCACCAUAGUCAUUCAAGGGAAUGUAUCCAAGUUCUCGAGGGGAGGAAAAGAGUUGAGGGAACAAUUAGAGAGAACCGGCGAUAGAGAACUGGCAGAAGCAAGUCCGUAUGAUAAAAUUUGGGGUAUUGGGAUUAAGGGUGGAGUGAAGGAGUGUCAGAGACAGGUGAGGGAUGGGACGUUGGAUGGGAAGAGAAAGGAAUGGGGGAAGAAUCUUUUGGGUUUGGCAAUGGUGGAGGCUAGAAGGUUGAUCAGAGAGAAGGAGAAGAGUGAGAGAGGAGACUGA